AUGAUGGAAAAUGUAUCAGAUAUUCCAAACCCCGAGUACUUGAGGGAUAUCGCGCUCAACAGCGCUAUCCAGCCCGAUGCUGACAUUAUUGACGUUUCCGCGGCUGAAGAAUGCAUUACUGACGGGACAAAAGUGUAUGCUGAGGUUACAUUAGAAAUUGGUCUACAGAAGAACAUUAUCGCUAUUGACAAAUUGGACCAAAGGUUCUGGGCUGAGGAUCUCUCUUCUUAG